UACAGAAAAUGGAAAUAAAAGUGAAACGCUGCGUCUUCACACCGUGUUGACGCAUGUCGCGUUGCUUACUCAACUCUAAUGACGUUUUCUUACAGUGCUUUCAUGCUGUGGGAAUGUGAAGAUGGAGGAUGUCUGCUUUGUCUCAGAGAGAGAGGACAUCUGCUCGCUGUUUCCAGACCAAAGCCCGGAUGUCAAGCUUAAAGAUUUAAGCGGCCAGUUUUCCUCUGUGAGGACAGUGCGCGGCGAUGGGAAUUGCUUCUACAGAGCCUUCUGCUUCGCACACAUGGAGACAGUCCUGCACAACACCAGAGCUUUGCAGGGAUUCAAGGAUAAAAUAAUUAAAAGUGGCCAAGUCCUGUCGUCUGCGGGAUUUGAUGAGAGCGCCUUCAACCACCACCUGGACACAGUUGUGAGCGUGAUCGAGCAGUGCCAGGAGAAUGAACAUGAAGACACGUUGCUCAGGCUCUUCAAUGAGAAGACCACCUCUGACAGCGUGGUGCAGUAUCUCAGGCUGCUCACUUCAGCGUACUUACAAAACCAUGCAGACUUUUUCCGCAACUUUGUGGAGGCGCCCAAUCUACAUGCAUACUGUCGCCAGGAAGUAGAAGCUAUGGCGAUGGAGUGUGACCACGUGGACAUUCUGGCUCUCUCAGAGGCCCUGGACAUUUGCAUACAUGUCGUCUCUGUGGAGAGUGAUGAGCAGCAGUUGGCUCACCACGUGAUUCCAGAAGGAGCUGAACCUUCCAUGCACCUCCUCUAUCAAAAAGCACACUACAACAUUCUCUACCCACGACCUCAGCACUAA